AUUUGUUUUGAGUUGUUCAGAAUGAGAAGAACUCCAUCAUGCACUUCAGAUGGUCUGAAGAAAGGAGCCUGGACUCCUGAAGAAGACCAGAAGCUCAUUUCUUACGUUCAGAAACAUGGCGAGGGUGGCUGGCGUUCCCUGCCCCAGAACGCUGGUCUUCAAAGAUGUGGGAAGAGCUGUAGAUUUAGAUGGACUAAUUAUCUAAAACCUGGAAUUAAGAGAGGAGACUUCACGCCUGAGGAAGAUGAAACCAUUAUUAAACUUCAUGCUCAAUUAGGCAACAGGUGGGCAACAAUAGCCCAGCACUUUCCAAGGAGAACAGAUCAGGAAAUUAAAAACUAUUGGCACGCUCAUCUCAAGAAACGCUUACCUAAAACACGUAUAGAUCCGACUAUGACAACAGGCGGCAGCUCAUCCAGCAGUACUACCGUCACUGCCGGCGGUACCAAGACGGACACAGAAUGUGCUAAACAACAACCAUCCGAACCCAAAACGCAACGCUCCGCUACGGCAUUGCUACUCAAUAAGUUAGCCACUAGGGUAACCCAAUGUGUCGGCCCUCCACGUCCAUUCAACGGUAACGGUACCUUUUUCCACCUCUUUCCAGGUUGUACGGCACCACAAUCAUCAGAUAAUAAUAAUAUCACUGAUUCGCUCACAACACCGGAAUCUGGAAAUGCCAAUGAUGAAGGUGUUUUAAACGACAUUAUGGCUUGCGAAUUUUCUUCAUUGAGUUGCUUUGAUGAGCUUAAUAAUUGGCAAAACAACAACGAAAGCGUUGUACCAGGAGCAAUCCAAGUUGCUAAUCAUACUGAUUCUACAACUGUUAACUACCAUGAAGGACUUUGGGAUGACGAUGCAAUUGAUGAUCAUAUGAUCUUUGAUACCGUGAGAUCUCUGGGAUUUUAUGACUCUAACCUAUUUAGUUCAAGUGAUGAUAGUCCUUGA